AUGUCUGUAUCAGUGUGUUCAAGCUCCACUCUCCCAAAACUUCGCCAGGCAAAGUUUCAAAGCUUAGAAACAAAAGUUGAUUAUAAAAGUGGAGCUUCUUUCAAAGGAGCCAUACAAAAUCACAAAAAAUGUGGAGAAGGACUGUUUUCUUGGCCAAAUGGAGCUCGUUAUGAAGGAGGCUAUAUGGAUAAUCUCAGACAUGGAACAGGUGUUCAAAUUUGGCAAGAUGGAAGUCGGUAUGAUGGAGACUUUAUGGACGAUAUGAGACAUGGUCAGGGAAAAUUAACUUGGAGUAAUGGAGAGUCUUAUGAUGGUACCUUUUUCAAAGAUCGUCGCCAUGGCAAAGGGGUAUAUACAUGGACUGAUGGCUCUACUUACACAGGAACUUUUUACAUGGACCGUAAGGAGGGGCAUGGAAUCUUCAAAUUUGCCAAUGGAAAUACAUUUGAGGGUUUGUAUAAAGACGAUGAAAGAAUGGGGCCUGGAGUUCUUACUUAUUCUGAUGGUAAACAUGACGUUGGUUUAUGGAUAAGAGAAAAGCUUGUUAAAUUAUGUUCAGCAAUAGAUGGAGCUUUCACCAUGGAAAAACACAAAGAAUUUGACUUUAAUCCAGAGGAACAUGUUCUGUACAUUUCUAUGGAAGAUGACGAAAAACCAAAUGUUGAAGAAAUCCUAAAAACUCCAGAAAUAUUUGACUGUGUACCAGAAAGUCGUUUGUCAGAUAGAGUUACAGACCUUUACAGUGAACCUCUGGACCCUCGAAGUUUAACUGUGAAUAAAGAUAUGUUUGAUAAGGAGUUCUUUCCUGGAAGUGAAAGUGAAAAAUCAGACAGAGAUGAAAAAGUUCUAGCUUGGAACAAAACACCAUCUGUGAUAAAAAUGCAAAGGCAUGUUCACUGGCAUAAAAAUACCCUAAAAACACUUUCAUACGAUGUUCAAAAAAUAUUAAAAGGUGACCGAUCAAAAUUUGGUCCCAAAGGACCACUGGAGAGUGCUUCAGAGGAGCUUAUACAAGCUGCCACAUGUGGUAACAUUAAACGUGUAGAAGACUUAUUCACUGCUGGACUGGUUCAUCCCGAUGUUGCUGACAAAAAUGGUCAUACUGCUUUGAUUGGUGCUACAGUAAACUGGCAUAUGGAUGUGAUAAAUUGUCUGUUAAAUCACGGAGCCGACAUCAACAAGUUAAAUGAUGAGGGAUGUUCAGCUCUUUCUGCAGGAACAAUUUUCUUUUACCCUGUGGAGGGAUUUCAGUACAAUAUUGCAGAACGAUAUCUUGAACGCCCUCCCCCAGUACAGGAGUCUAAAGAUAAGAAGGUUCCUGUCAAACCAAAAGGUAUCUUAAAUAAAAAGCAGAAUAACACUGUAUCCAAACCAACCCAGCCGGGAAUCAUUGCCAAACCCAAGCCAGCUGCAGCCAACCAGAGUCAUACAAGUGUGGACAGUGGCUUCCCUCAGACUGACAGUAAUCAGAGCAUGGGCAGUCCGUCAAAACCUCAGGUAAGGAUUGUGGAUCCUACAGAGCAGGUCAAACCGCUGUCUCGCCCUUCACCAGAGAAAGCAGAUAGUGAAGAGCCUGGCAGUGCUCGAGAAGAGAAAUCAGAUGAAGCCGAGUUUGAGUCAACGGCAACACUUCAUGAUUUUGAAAUCCAGGUAUCGGAACAGCUUGUUGAAAGGUGUGCAACACAACUGUCGACCAAUGAGAAAGUAGUUGGAGGUCGGAGGUCACACAACAGUAUGGAGCUUGGGACAGUGAGGCAUCUUGCCGUUUGUAAGAAUGAGAAAGAGAGGAUGAAAAAUACAAUGGACUUGCUUCUGAAGCGUGGGGCUGACCCUAACGCUUCUAGUGUUCCGAUGCCUGUUCUUUUCUUUGCCAUCAAGUCAGCAGAUGUUGAGGUCGUCAAAACUCUUCUAAUGAAAGGAGCUUCAACAGGCAUUACUCUACCUAAAGAGCUCAAAAUACUGAUCAAUGGCCAGGACACAACGAAAGGAGGUCUUGCCCCGCUACACAUUGCUGCUGGAAUCCCAGGUGAGGAGGGGAUCCUCAUUACCGAGCUUCUACUCAACGCACUGGCUGAUCCUGAUGUCAGAGCUGCUGAAGAUGACUCGUUUCUCAACAAAAAUCUGGAGGAGGAAUGGAGUAAAGAUGCUAUUUUACCAGAGAGUCUGGCCCUCCUUGGUGGUCGUACACCUCUACAGAUAGCUUGUGCCAGGGAUGACAACUACAAGGUUGCCUGUAAAGUGACUCGCUUACUGCUGGAACACAAGGCUAACCCUAAUCUCAUGUGUAAUGGUUUUUCACCAAUAGCUCUAACAAUAGCCUGUGGAAAUGAUCUUGCCCUAGAUGAACUGAUUCUCUUUGGUGCUGACACAAGUCUUGGUCUCACCCAUGGUGUUGGUAGUGCUCUCUGUGCUGCCACAUCCACAGAGUAUGAGCAUCGGAGACAGAUAAACGGUCGUCUACAAUUGAUUGACAAGUUAGUGCGAGCUGGUGCCAAUAUCCUAGCUCCUAUACCAAUCGGACCAAAGCGUGUUGUCGGCACAGCUGUUGACUAUGCUUAUUACAUGUUUAAUCAGGACCGUCGUAUCGCACAUAUGCCUUACCAUGCACUGACGCAUGCUGAGCGAGAAACAUACAAUGCUCGUCGUAAGCUGCUAGGUCAUAUUGGAGACAUCCUGCGCACCAAAGCAGUGGAACGAGAAAGACGGCGACUAGAGGAUGAAAUAAGUUUAGGAAAAAGGAGUCGCAGUCCUAGUCCUAACUUUGUCUAUGUCGGUGCUGGAGCUGAACUUCCUUCAGACUCGCGCCGACCAAAGUCACUACGAGGAGAUCCUGCUGGAGAGAGCAAGGUGACGUUUGACGCCACUGCAAAGGAAGGAGCCAUGAUAGGGAGAGGGUACCCGGAGCGUGAUCCUGGAACCUUACCCUCAAGCACCUCGUCUGACAAACAGCGAAGAUCUAGGUCAACAAAAUCUUACUUCAGAAAAACAAAUAAAACAGACAAUGUCAGGAAGCCUAUCUUUAAAUACUGUUAUGAAUGUGGUCGUUCAGUUGGCAUGCGCUUGUCUGCAUGUACAAGGUGUAAAGAAGUAUAUUACUGCAGCAAGGCAUGUAAACUGAAAGCAUGGAAUGCACGUCACAAAGAGGAAUGUAUCCGAAUAGGAGGUCCACCUGAUGUACCAGAACACAUUCCCAUUUUAUCUGCUGUACAAAAGGCAGGGGCAGCAGUGGCCUUUUUAAGUACAGCCCGGCGCUCACGAAGUCCAAGUCCAAUGGGGAGAAAAGCUGCUGCCGACAGCCCCACACCAGCUACCGACAUCAACAAGGGGAAGAAAACAACCGUCGCCGACCUACAAAAGGGUGUCAAAAUAAACAAAUACGUGCGGAGGCGACCUCUGGCUCUUCUGUCUCCUCGCUUCGUAUUUCAGCGCUCUUACACAGAGGUACUGGUGUUUGUGGCUUUACCACACUAUAUACCAAUGUUAUUGUCACAAAUGACAACCACUGCAUGGAGGCAGAUUGCAUGGCAUUGUAUCAGUAAAAGGGCUGCUGAGGCUGAACACAUGUAG